GGGGCACAGAGAGAAGCGCGCGCGCUCUCUCUCUCUCUCCCUUUCUCUUUUUUUCUGUCUCUCUCUCUUUCCAUCCCCCGUGUGAAUGCCUUCUCGCCGCUGUGCCACCCGCUAUUUCCGCGCGACGCGUGCUCGCCGCACGAUCGGGACGCGUGUUGUAUCCCGUGAGCGUCACCGUGACUCGUGAGAGGGUUAGUGAGUGCACGGUGUGCCCCCCCAAGUGCUUUCAGUCGGCGAGAAACUUCCACGCGCGUGGUUCGCAUUUCAGAGAGAAGGAAGAAGGAGAGGAAAGGACAGAUCGAAUUAUAUACGUCGCGGAGAUAUUUGCGAGUGAAUUUUUAAUGUGAAUCACCGCAUCCGCGAAGAGGGUGGAUUGUGCGCGAUCUCGGAGAAACACGGAGUACAGUGAGAGUCGAACGACUCCGCGGUCGGAGAGAAGGCAAGAAAUCGGCCUGGAUCAUCAUGGAUUGGACCCGAGGGAUCGGCCUCACCAGCGUGUUAUUGUUCUAUCUCGGAUGGAUCGGGGAAACAAACGGUCUGAGGAUGCUGCAGCUGAUAGUGCCCAAGCACGUGGUGUUCGGGCAAAAUAUACGCCUCGAGUGCAACUUCAAUCUGGACAACGAGAAGCUAUACUCGGUCAAGUGGUACAAGGACGGCAACGAGUUCUAUCGAUACGUACCCCAGGAACAACCACCUGCUAUGGCGUUCAACCUUCCCGGCGUUACGGCGAUCAUUCACAAUUCCACUAAACGAGCGGUCGUCCUUUCUUCCGUGAAUCUCAUGAGCACGGGACGCUACAGAUGCGAGGUCUCGGCGGAGGCACCGUCCUUUCAGACAGUUUCCGACCAUUCGGAUAUGGAAGUGCUCGCAUUGCCGGAGCACGGGCCCAUCAUCACGCCGUCUCCGCGAUCCGGGAAACAUCGUUAUCAGGUCGGCGACGUCAUGCGGUUCAAUUGCACUUCAACAAAGUCGAAGCCACAUGCCAUACUCAGCUGGUUCAUCAAUGGCGAACCCGUCGAAGCGCAGUUCUUGAAGCCGCUCUUAACCGACGUAGACCAGGAGGGUUUAGAGACGGCCACGCUCGGUCUCGAGUUCCGUCUGCGCUCGAAACACUUCAAGAAGGGAGACUUGAAGAUCAAAUGCCUGGCGACGAUAUAUACCCUAUAUUGGAAAUCGAAUGAGCUCAGCAUAGAGGGCGAGAGGAUGAAGAUACCGGUAAUGGAAAGCAGGGAGACAAGGGCGCAAGGGCACACGCACGCCGAGCAUAUCCUAGCGAACGGAAGUGUAACGCUGGCACGACCGUGCGUCGUUCUCGUGAUCAUGGGAUUACUGACGCUACGGUAAGGAUCGAGGAUACCAAUCGCCGCCCUUCAUGCUCAUCCUCUAGGCCUCGUGGGGAAGUCACUCUCACGAUGUGACGCGAUUACGUAAUAAAUUACUCAUGUUGUUUAUAUUUUUUAUAAUUGCAAUUAGAGUGGAGUUAGAAACCACAAAUAAAUAAUUGUAGACAGACGACACUAUCAAUACAUUAAACUUUACUCGGAUAUGCAGAAAAUAAGGGGGGAGAGAAAAAAAGGCGAGAUUUCGUUGUAAAGAAACGAUGGAUUUUUGGUUUUUUUAAAGGCGAUAAGAAACAAUCCCCGGAACGUUGCGGCGACUUGGUCGUUUAAUUUUCGCGUUAUGUAAAUUACAUAUUUCUCGUGUAGUGCGCGAAAGAAAUGACGAACAUUCUCGGUGUAUAUUCAUCGAAAGGCUACGCACGUCACAAUCGGUCAUUUAUCAUGAAACUUCAGAGUCGCGACUCUUUACAUGGCUUGCGGUGACUCGUGCGUAAAGUGCAUAAAUCGAUUUCUUCGUAUGCACACGCACAUUACACAUGCACCCCGUCUGAAUAUUCGUUGUGCGACUAGCACGUAUCUACAGUGCAAACCGAGACCGUGAUAAAUCUGCAUUUUAUCGAAUUUUCAUUAACUGCCCCGCGUCCGAAUUAUAGAGACAAUAAAGUACAAGUGCACUUUGAUUUGAUUUGCAAUAAUGUAAUAUAAUAACAAUUUAAAUAUAAUAUAUUCGAAAAAUUCUUCCCGCAGAUCCUCAAAAUGAUUGGGCUAUAAUUCACGAUAUUUUAAAAUAUUUUAUUCGUUACUUUCGAGCUGAUUCUGUUUAAUAUUUAUUAAAUAUUUGUUAAAGAUUUAUUUAAAAUGUUAAUUAAAAAAAUAUCUACAAAAUGUUUGAUGUUUUAUUAUAAGAUUAAUUAUCAGUGUAUGUCGUACACGGCAUUCUGGACGGCGUGGUGUUUAGUUAAGAAAACGAGGGCGACGCGAUGUAGUUACACGCCACUCUCGCGCGUGUGUACCCGUAUAAAUCAAUAAAAUAAACACGAAUCGGCCUAGUGCAUACAUACCGAGAAGAGGCAGUGAGACGCGGCGCAAACAAAUCGUCGUUUCUGUUCGCUACCAUCCGUAGCCCUUAACGAUCUAGUCGCUAUUAAUCGUGCGUUAACGAGAUAAUGUCCUAGAAAUAAUUGUACGACAUGUGUGACUUGUAGCGUGCGUUUACCAAAGAUUUUUCGGAUUUUUCACGCUAAGCAUUCCUAAUUGUUAAUUAUAUCACGGUGGCACGGUAGAGAGAAAUUUCGUAAGAAUAAAACUGCCACAUUCUUUAUCUUUAUGGUAGCUGUAAGAGCACACUCUUGUAAAUAUGUAUAUAUAUUAUAUAGAAAUUGUAAGCCGGAGGGUAUACUUGUCUUUAAUUUAACAUUCUAAAAGUGAAAUGCGCGAUGUGAAAUAUUUACAAAAUUUACAAAAUCAAUUUACAAAAAAAAAGACAUUUAAAUUUUAACCUGUGUGAAAAGUAUUAUUUUUUAGUAAAUCGCAUAAACCUCUCCCGAAAAUAUAUUGUACAUCUAAAAUACAGUCUAAAAUAAAAUCUUAAUGAAAAACA